AUGGUGAAUGCUCAACAAUAUAUAGAAAGCAGUUUCCCCAAGCACAUAUAUAGAAUUUUUGCUAUUGGAAAGAAUUUAGAAGGUCACCUGGAUUUAUCAGAGUAUCCUAAUUUGGUUGAAGUACGUUUAGGAAAUAAUCCUCUACUAACAAGCUUAAGUUUGGGACCAUCGCCUCGACCUUACCUUACUGCUAUAGGAUUUAGAGGAAGUGGCAUUACCAAUUUUUCUUUUUUGGCUAAUCUUCCUAAUAUACACAUGCUUGUUUUAGUUAACCAUACCCAGGAGCACCAAGCCAAAAUAGUCCGAGAUAUUAAUCAAGUACAUCAAUGUAAAGACCAAGAAAUUGAAAAAAUUAAGCAACAAAUCAUUCAACUCCAACAACAAAUUCAAUCUCUUAAAACUUGCGAAAAUAGUAACAGAAAUCAAAAUUCUCCUCCUAAUUUGUCAUCAGAAAGAAACAAUGAUACUUCCUAA